UUUUAUGCAGGCGAAAGUUGUUUUGGGCCAACUAACGAUGAGCAACUUCUGAACUCUGUUUUAGGAAAAAAGAGGCAGGAGUUCCAAGUCCAUCUAAGAAACCAUUACGACUACCAUUGUCCAAAAUGCAACUAUACGUCAAGGACAGAGGGUCGGCUGCGACGACAUAUGGAAAGCUUUCACUCCGCCGUGCCUCCGGAAAACUUCUCUGGCAAGUCUGGCAAACCUGCGGGCAAGCUUAAAUUCCAACGCUGCAAACAGUCGGAUAGGCAGCUUGAAUGUACACAUUGUCCCUUCGUAACGGAGUAUCGGCACCACCUCGAGUACCACAUCCGCAACCACCUGGGUUCGAAACCCUACAAGUGCACAAAGUGCAACUAUGAGUGCGUAAACAAAUCGAUGCUCAACAGCCACAUGAAAUCCCACACAAAUGUUUACCAGUACCGCUGCGCCGACUGUAACUACGCGACAAAGUACUGCCACAGCCUAAAGAUACAUCUUACAAAGCAAAAACACACACAGGCCGUUGUCCUGAACGUCGAUGGAAGCCUUCCGGAGAAGGGUGGGAGGAUAAUGAUGAGGACCGAUCGCGAGACUAAUCCACACCCUUCUCCACUCCCAGUCGCCCCCCCUCUGUCCCUCAUUUCACCACUCCCUCUCGCAAUUCCCCAGGAAAUUCCAUCUUGUGACUCCCAGAGCACCCUGGCCGCCAUGGCCGCCUUCUUAAUUUCCAUGCAGCAACAGGCUUUCCCACUUUCGACGUCGUACUUCUCACUUCCAGAAGGACCCCUCGGACCUGAUGCCUCGUUCAACUCCGACGACGUACUGGAUCUCUCAGCUCCAAAAGCUGAAAUGAAGAAAGAGUGCGAUGAGUCAAAAGCCCCACUCUCGACCCAGAAUGAGUGUCCGUACUGUGAAAUAAUUUUCAAGAAUGAGGUUCUCUUCGACCUCCAUAAGCAAUUACACAAUCCGGAAGAUCCAUUUUUGUGCAUGCGCUGUGGAGUUAGAAGUAAAGAUUCAGUGGAAUUUUUUAAUCACCUAAACAAGAAGGAACACGGAGGCACUUUAUCUAAUUCCCUGUAA